UUUAUUUUUAGGUGGGAGCUACUUCAAAGGGCAGCCAUGUUCUUCCUCCUGGCCUGCUUAUUCCUGCUCGUAAAGGAAACGCCAGCCAGGCCCACAGAGAAGACGUAUCUUGCAACUCAGGAAAACCUGAAUACGCUUUUCCAGUUGGUCAUGCAGCAGAAGCCUCAGGAGGAAAACGGCAGCCUCUCCAGCAACAUAUCCUGUGUGGAACUGAGUGAUCAGAGGUCAACAACUGUCUUGCACCUGAGAAACAAAAACCUGACGUCUUUCUCUUCAUGCUUUCCUGAGCUUCUGGAACACCUGGAUCUAAGCGGCAACCUCUUGCCUGAAUUCAACGGCCAGGAUGCGGCCUACUUGCCUCAGCUGCAGAGCCUUUCCUUGAGACAGAAUAAGAUCGAACGAGUGACGUGGGGAGCUGGAAGCCUGGGCAGACUGCAGUUCCUGGAUCUGAGCUUCAACUUGCUGUCAUCCGUGCCAGCCUGCAAUGCCUCCUCUUUGGGAGACCUCAAGGAGCUCUCUCUUGCCGGGAAUCCAAUUGCAGAAAUCCAAGCCUUCGCGUUCUCCUGCUAUCCUCAACUGCAGUUCCUGAAUCUCUCUUCCACUCCGCUGGGACGAGGUGGCAACGGUGGGAUUCAGGAAUCUGCCUUUGCAGUGAGCCUGUUGCAAGGAGACACUGCAGAGAUGGUGGGAAAUUCUCUCCGUACACUCGACCUCAGUGCAACUUUCCUGGAGAGAAUUCGUCAAGAGUGGCUCAGGUACCUGCCCAGACUGACAUCCCUCCAUCUGACAAAAAUGAGCCGCCUCCGAAGCCUCGACGCGGCUGUCUUUGUGUACACACCAGAGCUGAAAGAACUGAACUGCCAAGAUUCCUAUGUCCUCAGCCAGGUGAAAACGGAGUCCUUCAGCCAGACCCCCAAAGUGGCUUUUCUCAUGUUCCAAAACUGUAACCUGAGCUCCUUAAAUCCGUGGAAUCUUAGCUCAUCGGACAAUCUGGUCAUCAGCCUCUAUGGAAACCCUCUGGUGUGCCAUUGUGAAAUGUCCUGGCUGCUCUCUGAGCCCAAAAGAAUAGUUCUGCAGAGGCCAUCGGAAACUAUUUGCUACAUGCCUCCAGAAGACAACGUAGCAUCUGGAUCCAUGUCCCUGUCAAAGCUCUACGAUGAGUGCCAAUCCAGAAAAACCCCAGAUUCAACUCAGCAACUCACACAAAGCAAACUUUACAGCACACCUUCUAGUUUCACCACAAAAAUACUGCCAGACGCUGUUACAUUUCCCCAAGAAUGGGACAGCAGUUCUGUUGCCCCCCAGAGCAUUACGUUGACUUGGGGCGACGUAGCAAAGCAGGAUUCAACCCAGGCAGACAUGCUGGCCUACAAAGAAGGAACAGCGUCUAAAAUUACGGAUAGUCCACCUACAAUGGCAGCUCUGACCUCUGCUUCAGUAAUUCAGGAAAAGACUUCUACUGGGCAGACUGUCGGGGACACAACAGAAAUGUCUCCAAGGAGUCAUGAGUCCACAACAGCAGAUUCUCUUGUCCGCCCAGAAGGAACAUUGUACUACUCUUCUCUGAGCAGUCCUACAACUGCACCAAUCAGAACAGAUUCUUCACCCGUCCCCAGUGGUUUGUUUGUCCCGCAAAACACAGUAAGUUCAGCUCCAACCAAACCACUGUUGCCAAGCCCCACCAAGACACCCGCUCUUCCAACCCCUGCAUCCACCAACAUUCCGAUAUAUUACGUAGAUCAUUAUGAUUAUGAAGACCAUCAAGAGGAAUCCGAGGUCCAGACGAUUGGCCCGUGUGCCUAUGAUCCUUGCAGACACCUCCAGAAGCCAUGCUCAGAACUCCAAGAGUUGUCUCCUUGCUUGUGCCCAGGGAUAUCUGAUGAUUUCACCAUCCCAGAACCACCGAGUCUCCGUGAAGUGUCUGAAAUAAGGGACACAUCGGCAGAAAUCCACUGGUGUGCCCCAAGUUCGUAUGUGAGAUUCUACCAGCUUGCCUACCGCCUUAAAGGGAGCUUGAAUAAUGACACCGUUUCUGGAGAGAUUUAUCCCACAGCCAGGGAGUACACCUUGUACAACCUCCGACCUAGUUCAAACUACCAGGUAUGCAUAAUUGCUUCCAACAAAGCAGGGUCAAGCCAGACCACAGGGUGGAAUGGGCACGAUGGACCAUGCGGUGCCUUUACUACCAAGUCCAACUACAAAUCCAGCUUUGCCGUCUUGAGUGCGGUAAGCGGACUCCUGCUAAUUGCUACUAUCCUCAUGUCGGGAUGCCUCUGCAAGAAACACAAAGCACCUUAUGCUGAGCAGUAUAACACACAUCUAGUUUCUUAUAAAAACCCCGCAUUUGAUAAUUCCUCAAAAUAG